CGGCGAGGCCACGGAGGCAACCUUCAAGACGGGACUGACCAGCUCGAAUGAGUUUGAGAUAAAAAUUCUGGACUGCCCGGGUGUCAGGGGACUCCUGGACCAAACACAGCUGCUGAGCAAAUGUGACAUGUGCAUGUCCAAGUUCGCGAAAACCUUCCCCCAGGGUGUGCACGGGGUCGUCAUGGUGAUAAAGUUCGGGAACCGCUUCUUCGAAGAGGACGAACUCGCACUAACGCUUCUCACGCGGAUGUUCGGGGAAGAGUUCCUGCAGAAGCACGGCGUGUGCGUCGUCAGCAACGGAGACGUCUUCAGGAGGGUCAUGGGGCAGUCGUACAAACCCAGGUCGCUAGACGAGUGGUGCCGGGGCCAGACGGGCGUCCUCGGGAGGAUUUUCAAAACCUUUGAUUACAGGUGUGCCCUGCUGGACAACACGACCCAAGACAUCGAAGAGAAGAAAGCACAGGUUCAACAGGUGGUUGAGAGGACGUGUGUGAAGUGGUUGCAGGUCGGCAGCUCAAUGUCUGUUUGUAAGUAUGUAAUUUGGUAACCGGUAAAAACAUUGGAAAAAAAUUUUUUUUUUUUUUUUUUGGUUAUAUAUUUAAACCAAUACAAUUUGAGGAAAUCUAUUUUUACUAGUGUGAAGUGGUGGGAGGUCGGCAGGUCAAUGUCUGUUUGUAAGUAUGUAAUUUUGUAACCGGUAAAAACAUUGGAAAAAAAUUUUUUUUUUUUUUUUUGGUUAUAUAUUUAAACCAAUACAAUUUGAGGAAAUCUAUUUUUACUAGUAAUGAUUAUGUGGAAUCUCAAAGAUUAUAUUCUAUGAUCUAUGAUUGCAGGAAUACAAAAUUAACUCAAUGUUGUUUUUAAAAGAAGACUUCCAUAAUAUUUUUAUUUAUAAAAAUUCGUGUCAUAUCCUUUAAAUAUGCUAUUGUGAUGCUAUCUUGUAUGUAUUUAGUCAACUUUUUCCGGAAGGCUUUGGGGUAAGAAAUACCAGGAUCACCUCCUACCCCGGAAGUCGUGUUGGCUUGAUUACGGAUGUGAUGGUUUUUAUUGAAGGAUUAAAGUACCAAAUAUAAUCAGGAUGUCACGACGACGUUACUGCGUUCUCAAAUAUUGUUUUACUCUGCAGCCCUUUGCAUCAAAUCAACUCAUGCUAUUUUUAAAUUCAAGAGCUCUAGCCAUAUUGAUUUAGAUUGUAUCAUAUGUUUGUUGUGUGUGUGUCACCCUUGGCUACCGAGAAAAGCCAAUCAAUAAACCAAUACAAGCAAUAGCGUGUCCUAACAAUGGCGGCUUUCGUGCGUGAACUUCCUAGCUACUAACGUCACUUGACCAAACAUGCAUACUACAAUUCUAAUGUCACAACCAGUUUUAUAUCGCAGAUUUAUUACACCACCUUUAUCCGUAGAACAGAAGAAAAUAUUACGCACCAAAUAAAUGCACGUGUAGUAUAUUUUAUAACCUAAAAUAGCACAGUUAUCGGGCAUUUUAUUUACCGCGCUUUUAAACUUCCGAUAGCAUUAGUGACAUUAGUUUUGCCAUAGAGAAUUAUGAAUUUUGAUUUUUCUUUGUUUGAUCAUCUGUGUUGCUUUCACGGUCCUUCAUUUUGUCUGUAUUCAUUAGGCUUAGAAUUCAACACCUCUCAUCACUCUUAAAUAUAUUUAAAUACAUUAAAUGCAAAUGCUUGACCAGUUUUUUGUGUGACCUUGCAAACGCAUUCAGGCUCUUCACGUGAGAUCAUUUCCCUCGACUGCUUGUCCAGCGUCUGUCCUUUCUCGUACGAAGUCAGACCCGCUACUAAUUAGUCAUGGAGUCGUCACACGUCUAUCGGUCCGCCAUGUUCUAACCUAAUCUUUACACGUGGAGCUGCAUUUCUAGGUCACUUCUUUACUCUACAUUACAGCUCCACAGUUAAGGGCCAUGGUCGACAUUCACAUGAUCCUGGAGGUAGCUACGACCACGCAAGAGUACCACAAACAGCUCAAGUUCACCAUUGAAUACACACAAACAUUCGACGUCACCAGAACCUCAGUUCUAAUAGUCGGUGAGACCAAGACCAGAACGUUUGGCUUUGACCAGUUCAAAAAGCACGAAGAACUGGCCAGUGUAAGUUAAGCCAGUGGCGUAGCUAAGAGGAAGUAAAGGGGGCGACAGACCUGGGCGGCAUCUUCUGACUAUUUAUAUGUAUAUACAAAAUCGAAGUUUGUGUUGGAUAGGUUGUUAACUUUUGGGAGUUCAUCACGGGCUGCAUGUAGUCAAGGUACGCUUUUGAAUGAAACUGAUUUUAAUCAAUUACUUAUUAAUGUACGCAUAUUAUGUAAUUCCUAUCAGUUAAUGUACACUUGUUUCUUUAUUGUGGUUGAAAAAAAGGUAUUGUAACGUUAUAAAGAAACGGACACCGUCUCUUCUAUCCAGGCAUUGAUGGGUGUCGAGUUCUUGGGGCCAUGCCGGGGCACAGACACAUCCCUGGAGAUCGCCCGGAGAGAUUCCUUCAGCCCGGCAACCGGCAUGAGGACCGGGGUCAAGCAACUGGCCUGCGUCAUCACCGAAGGCCGUGCCGUGGACGAGAAGAAGAUGAUCCAAGAGGCCGACACCCUGAAGAAGACCGG